GAGGAGGAGGAUCUAGGGGGCUUUGGCGUGAUGACGAAGGAAGUCGUCCGUUCGCGCUCUCAGGCUGCAAAAAAAUUGGAUUAUGUAGUUAAAGCAAAUUAAGGUUCAACAUUUCAUGAUAUGUCAUGAUAUCACUUGCCCUACACAAAGCAGUUUGAAAUAGGGACACAGAUACUACAGGUCUUUUCUCCAAAAUGGUGAAAAUGGAGAGCAGUGAUAUGGAUACGGAAUCGCUAUUAAUUCAGAAAAAGAAGAUAGAAGAAUAUGUUUCGCGUAAGCUUGUGGAAGGAGAGAAAUGGUUCCUUGUGGCAAGAUCAUGGUACGAACGCCUGAUUGAAUAUCUGACAGACACCAACGAUACCAGAGACUCGUAUCACCCUGGCCCCAUCGAUAAUUCUUCUAUUAUUCAAAGUAAAUUUUGCUGGUACCUGUUUCAAAAGUAAGCUUCUAUCCACAAUUUUGCAUU